UGUGGCUCCGAUCGUCGCGGUGUUCAGUCGUAUUGAAGUGUUGUUAAGUGUUCCCUUCGCAUGGUUUUGUUUUGUGGAAUUUUGAUCUUUUAAAAUUCCGAAGUGUAGCACGUCGUGAGCUAUUAUUUACUCAAGUCAUUCGCGCAUCUGUUUCGUUGUGCAGGUGGAUUACCUAUCAUUAUCUUCUUCAUUCUAGUGAUCAUAUUAAAGCUCCAUAGGUCCGGCAUUUCUCAACACAAAACCGCAUUCAUUCAGUGCCGUGCCCUGUGACAGGCAAGAUCAACCCAAGCCUAAGUCUGCCGGACGAAUCACAACGGCAGUGACAGCGUGUAAUUCACCCUGCAAAACCGUAACGGGCAGUAAAAUCACACCGCAUCGCAACAACCAGUGUAGUUAGUGCUCAAUCACAAAAAUCGCGUCGAUCAGCAGAGUAGUCCGCCGCCGUGUUCGCUAUAGUGAUCAAAAGUGUUAGGCCUUGAGCUUCAACCUCGGAUUAGAAGAAGUACGACAACCAGUUGCUGCUGACUUCCAUCCAGCCGAGUUGAUGAACUUAAAUUGAAAAUUGUUCUCAUCAUUCAAUUGUGCAGUCCGUUGGAAGAAAGAGCGCAUUCUCCAGGAGCUCGAAGAAGAAGAGAAGCAGCAAAAACAUCGCAUUGAAGGCGGAAAUUCCGCGACGAUGACCCAACUCAGUGUACAACGGUUCAGGUUGGAAAAGUGAUACGCCGGAAACAUACGGGUAUGUGUGUAAAAGAAGAUACUAGGAAAAAGCCACGUAAAUGCUGACAAUUGAAAUUGUUUGCUUUUCCAAAAGUUUUUCCGUUUUGUGCGGUGUAAAAGCUAGUCAGUCAACAGGCAGCGGUGCUGAAAUAUAACAAGAAAGUGAAAAAGUGCUGCACGACAAAUAAAUGCUCCCAGUCACACGGUGAGUGAGUCAAUAUCACUGUUCACGCCGCAUUCGAGCUGAGAUCCUUUCCUGUUGAUAAGAAGGAAGAUAUUAAUGGGAAGAUAAAAGAGUGCGAUAAGGGGGAAAAAAGUGUGGUGACAAGUGUCAGUACAACUGAAAUAAAGUGGGAUAUAAGAAUAGUGAGGUCAAAGCAAAGAAUUUUGCUUCUGCUUGGAAGAUCUACCCCCGGUGCAAGCUUUUCCAGUGGAUGCGAGGUGAAUGCCAAGCACAGGAAGUGUUUGAUAGCCACUCGUGUGAAAGUGAGAAGAGUUUGAGUUGUGAAUUGUGGUGGAAAAAUCUACCCAUCUUGUCAAGGGAUUAUUUCCGGUCAUAAUUCCAUAGAGACCACGGAGAGCAAACAGCACCAGUAGUUUUGUGGUCAUCCCAGGAUAUACCACAGAACAGCACGUUACAGCAUCCAAGCAGUCUUCAAAGUGCGACCGGUGUGUAUGUGUGUCUGUGUCGUUGCCUGGGACAUCAUCUUGUUGACUCACACACAAACUGCUGGAGACAGUUCCGAGAAGGCAAACGAACCAAGUCAUCCGGAACAUAUUGCCGGCAAUCGUUUGAGUAAGAAGCAGUAAACGGACAAAAGGUCCGUUUUUCAACAAUCUGUCCUCGAAGAAUGCCAAAAAAUCAUUUCUCAAUCAGACACAGCAAUGCCAUCGUCGCUAGCAUCACCACCGCCAUCGUUCUCAUCAGCGUCCUUACAAUCACCCGACUACCGGUGGCAUCGGCAAUUCCAACCAACUCAGAACCGGCCAAGGAAGGAAUAGUGUACCAGAAAUGUACCGGUCCUGGAGAGCCCGGACCUUGUCAGGGUUUCGGAUAUCGCUACCGCUACGAGCAAACAACCAACAAUUGCACCCAGUUCAUCUGGGGCGGCUGCGGAGGCAAUCUGCAGAACAAUUUCGAAUCGUACGAACAGUGCAUGCAGCAAUGCGCUAAUGAGACACAAACGCAGCAACCGGCACAGCAGCUGACGACGACCAGCAGCCCGUCGUCAACGCUACGGACGCAAACACAGGAAGCAGUGCCGGAGAAGUAUUCCUCCAGCAGCACCCUGGCACCGGUUCCGGAUGAGCUGCGGGGAUCCGAGCUAACGUUCAAGGAAACCGGUUACGAGAAAACGUUCAUGUUCGCCAAGAACAACACAUUCAUCCAGAUGGACGGCGACACAAUACAAACAUUUCAAUUAAGAUUAUGCCGUGAAAUAUCAUUCCAAUUUCGCACCCGUCUGCCGCACGGGCUGCUAGUGUAUCACAACGUCAAGACCCCAGCCGGCGUGAAGCUCGAUCCGUAUGCCCUGUACGUCAUCGUGGAGAAGGGCCAGCUCAAAGUGGUGCACGUGUUUGGUAACCACUCGACCAGCGUGACCGUCGGGGAAGGCCUCAACCGGGACGAGUGGCACAGUGUAAUGGUCCGAAUCGACGUUCAUGGUGCCCGGCUGAUUGCCCGUGUCGACAACCACAAGGAGGAAGUCUACCUGAAGGGAUUGAACCACGAAACAAACUACGGCGUUUCGAUCAACCUGAUGUCGGUGGUGCUCGUCGGUGGAUUAAGCUCGGAGGAAAAACUUCACGGCGUCAAGUAUAUCAUCGAAUCAUUUGUCGGCUGUAUUCGCAACGUGGUCCUUAGCUCGGGGAAAGCUGCUUCCGAUGUACUGCCCAUCACGCCACUGAUAGCCACAAAACACGAGAACGUGAAGGAAGGCUGUCGGAACAAGUGCCACUCCAGGCAGAACCUUUGCUUUGCCAGUUCCCGCUGCAUCAAUCACUACUACGAUAUCUCGUGCGACUGCUUCGGGACCAAGUACGAGGGUGAACACUGUGAUAUCUAUACCGGUACAGUAUUAACACAACGAGGUUCCAGUUACGUAUCCUACCGGAUCUACGAUUGGAAGGAUCGGAUCCAUGCGCCCGUCACCAGAAUCAGUAUGCUUUUCAAAACUAACUUCGACGAUUCGGCACUGUUCUACGCAAGCGGAGAGUCACUAAAGCCGCAGUACAUAGCCGUUUCAAUUAAAAAUCAUUCGGCAUACAUCGAAAUGGACUUUGGAGAUGGCGUUAUGACGGCGGUACUCGGCCAGGAUCUCACCAAACACUACUGGCACAAUCUGACGAUCUUCCAUGACCACAGUCAGGUCAUGGCAAAACUAGAUGACCACAUGAAAAUUAUGCCAAUUCCAGGCGAAAUCCACAACCUAUUGUUCGAUCCGGAGAUUUACUUCGGCGGUGGACCUAAUCUGUCGAAGCGGAAGGGGCUCGCAUCCAACAACAAUUUUGUUGGUUCGUUAAAGUAUGUAUUCUACAAUGACGUUUCCGUCCUGUUCGAGCUGAAAAAGGGUAAUCCCAAAGUGCACUACAUUGGUACGCUGCAGGAGGAAUUCCAGGAAACCGAGGUGGACGUUAUUCCGAUCACAUUUUCCUACGCCAAGUCCCACAUCUGGUGGCCGAUGAGCAACGAGGAUGUGCUCAAUCUUAAGUUCGACUUCAAAAGUAGUAAAGCUACGGCCGUACUCGCGUACAGCGAGGUGAAAACUAGUGAAGGACAAGGUUUCUGGGAGAUCCGUCUUGCUACGGACCGACUGAGCUUCGACCUGUGUCCGGACGUGACCAGCAACAUCACUCACACCACAUACAUCCGGAUCGACAAUCCGACCUCGUGGCAUGCCAUCCAUCUGACGUACGAGCGGGACGAAAUUAAAUUUGUGGUCGACUUUCGGCAUGCCGUCACACAGCUGUACGGACUUUCGUUCAACGUCGGUGAUAAGCUUAUCAUCGGAAGCAGCCUGAAAGCAGCCACAUCCGGCCUAGUCGGUUGUCUGCGAGAUCUCAAGAUCAACGGGGUGGAAAUUGAGCCGCGGUUCCUAGUCAAGAGCGAACGGGUGGUCGGGGAUGUUUCGCUGGAUAACUGCAAAUAUGUUGACCCGUGCAAAAAACCGAACACUUGCGAACACGGGGGAAAGUGUUCAGUUAAGGAUGAUGGCAUUAUUUGCGAUUGUAAGGAUACUGGAUACAUCGGAAAGAACUGCCACUUUACGAAGUUCCGCAAGACGUGCGAAGAGCUAGCUUUGUUGGGCUACUCAAAGUCCGAUGUUUAUUCAAUCGACAUCGACGGAAAUGGAGUUUUUCCACCUGCUCGGGUGAAAUGCGAUUUCCAAAGUUUGGCGAAUGCUACCAAAACGAUUGUGGAGCACAAUCUUCCGUCGCAAGUUGACGUACGUUCGUACAAUGACGAAGACUUCAGCUUCCAUAUUCAGUAUAGAGAAUUUAGUGCUGAAAUGCUGCAGGAACUGAUUUCGCAUUCGUUGUAUUGUACCCAGUAUAUCAAGUAUGACUGCAUCAAGGCUCCACUCGAGCUUCACUCGGCGACAUGGUUCAAGUCAUCGAACCGGAAUAUGACCGUAGAUUCACUUGGGGAAGUAAAAAGAGGAAAUUGUCCAUGUGUAAUCGGAAGAAGCUGUGAGGACCCGAAACAAAGCUGUAACUGUGAUGCCAAUCUGAAUCGGUGGCUCUCAGAUGAGGGAUACUAUAAAGAAGCACCAAAUCUGGGUAUUACUCAGAUGUUCUUCCUCCAGCAGAAAGAACUGCUGGAUGACGAAUCCCAGGGCAGGAUUACACUUGGGCCAUUAGAAUGCGUUGAAACCAAUACUCAAAAAUACGUCGUAACCUUCACAACGUCUCAAUCGUAUAUCGAAGUGCCCGGCUGGCGGAAGGGUGAUAUUGCCUUUUCGUUCCGAACCACUGGUGAAAAAGCUAUCCUCUUAUUCCAGCCACCGAUCCGGUCAAACUAUCCGUCGUUUAUGGUUGCUCUUACCGGGGACUAUCAGUUAACAUUCAACUUCACCCUGAAUACCGGAACGCCCAAAACCCUGGUCAUCAACACGAACCGGAAACUAAACGGAGGCGAGUGGCACAAAAUUUGGAUCGAUUAUAACGAACAUCACGUGCGGUUCAUGAUCAACACUGAUACUCGGAUGGUCGAUUUGCAGCCGGAGGAGGAGUUUGGACCGUUCGAAGGCAGCAUGUUCAUUGGUGGAGCUCCAAGCGAAAUUUCCAAGAAGUACACAGUGAAGCAGGGACUAAUUGGAUGCUUCCGAGGUCUCGUCGUCAAUGGGGAAAUUUUGGAUAUCUACAGCUUCAUGUCGGUUCAUUUGUCUGAGAUUAUCAAAGACUGUAAACCAUCCUGUGUGCCAAACCCGUGCAAAAACGGAGCCUACUGUCGAGAGUUGUGGAGCACGUUUGAGUGUGUCUGCAAAAACCGGUGGGCACAUCUAGGACAGCACUGUGAAACAAAUAUCAACGAAGAUGCACUGACAUUCAUCAGCCGCGAGUCGUACCUGAAGCGGAACUACAUCAGCGAUGCGGAGGAACAGCGCGGGGAACGGGAGAAACUUCGCAGCAUAUUAAAUUCCUCGCUGCUAAUAAAUCUCCGCACCUACGAUAAGCACUCGUUCGUGCUGUACGCCAACGAUCACAACAACAAUUUCAUCCAUCUGUACCUGACGGACGGGAACCAGGUGGUGUAUCUGUACAACUACGGGAACGAUAUCGUGAAUCUUACGCUGGAUCAUGCAUCGCUAAACAAUGGCAAGAGCAUCCAGGUGGCCGUCAUCCGGACCGAAACCAACACGACGCUGUACGUCAACGAGAAGAACGUCACCGUCGAACGGGGCCAUCUGCUGCUCGAGGAGUUUUCCAACAAACCGUGGACCAAUCCGGAGCUGGAAGUCCUCUCGCCUCAUCGUCCACCAGCUCCACCAACCGAGUACUUCCAGUUCAACAUUGGCGGUUACGAUUCGGCCAACCUGCUCAAACCUAACCCGGACACGGACGAACUGCAGGGCUACAUCGGUUGCAUCCGGGGGCUGAAAAUCGGUGAUAAUUUGAUUUCGCUGAAAGAGAUGGCUCUGCAGAACAAUGCACACGUUACGGAAGGCGUGCUGAACGAUUGCCAGAUGAAAUGCGAUGCGGAACCAUGUAAAAAUGGUGGCAUCUGUACGGAAAACUUUGUCAAGCAGGAAAGUACUUGCAACUGUGAGCACACCAGUUUUCUGGGUGAGUUCUGUUCCGAUGAAAAAGGCGCCAGUUUCAGUGGAGAAGCGACUCUUCAGCGAAAGUUUGUUUUGGUGGAAAAAGUUGAACAAGUUCGACUUCAGUUGGCAUUCUCCAGCAAUGACAUGCGAAGAGCCAAUCGGGUGAUGUUGCUGCUGCAGUCGAAAAACGAUCGGAGCUACUAUCUGAUGGUGGCAAUCACUCAGGACAAUCACCUUCACAUCGAGGAGGAUCGCGAGGGGGCUACCUACGAGGCUAGAAUCGAGGGCAACUUCAUGGACGACGCGCGACAUUCAAUUUUCUACAACAGAAAUGGCAGCCACACCUCGUUGUUAGUUGACCGGCAGGAAAUUCCAAUCAAAGAGGUUCAAAGCAAACCGCUGAUUCAAGUUCAAGAUCCAGGGGCCAAUCACGUGCAAGUAGGUGGAGUUAAUACGACGGACCCACGUUUUGCCGUUUACAAAAGCUACGAUGGAUGCUUAUCGAACAUUUUCAUCCAGAUCAACAACGAUACAACAAUGAAACCACUGGAGGAGUACAUGCUGUUUACCAAAAGCGAGGCAGAAAUGAUCCAUGUCAUCAAUUCCCAGGGCGUCCGGUCGGCCCAGUGCAAACAGUUCGACGUGAUUCCCAAACAGACACCGUUCCACGAGCAGAUGCUCAAUAUGACCUCGAGCAUCGACAAAAACUGGGUGGUAGAUGCUCCUGCGCGAGUUCCCUAUGUGGCGCCCAGCGUUGGCCCCUCGAAGGAGGAGGAUAAAACGCAGGUGAUAUUCAUUACGCUGGCAACGAUUUUCGUGGUUAUUGUCCUGUGCUGUCUGAUUGAAGUGUACCGCUCGGAUCGGAAGUACAAGAAGCACCUGGAGCGGGAAACGGACGAAGGAAUCAUUCUGUCCAAGGAGCAAGCAACUAAAAUGCAGCUGGAGCAGGCUUCGACCAAUGCAAAGGGAUUCAACUACAAAGCAGUUCCAAUAGAUGAGAAGAAGGAAAAUGGAACUGCAAAGCCACUGGUAGGAAUUUUGAAAAAUGGAAGUGUAACACCUCCCGUGAAUCCCGUGGCAAACGAUGCCGAUUUAAGUUCCAACGACAAGGCUAUUCAGUUAUUGAGUGGAAUCAGAGAUAGCCAACUGAUGGACCACGAGCCUCAGUGGGAAUCACUGGCCGCCGAGGAGUCCGAGGCCCUCGUCAAACACAGUGAAUCCGACGAUCAAUACUCGCAAAGUGGCCGAGACAGUAUCUCGUUGGCCAAUGGUAAUGGAACGACGCACGGAUCAGCGCACUCCGAUCAGGAAGAUACCGAUACCGAUACCGAACUGCUCGAUCCACCGGUGAAGGACACCGCUUUUAAGAUUAACUCCCGCAGCAAGCGACCCAAACUGGUUAUGUUCGUCGAUACGCCUCCAUCGCCAGCUGUUCCAUCCACACCACCCCCAGUGGCCUCCUCAACACCACUGCUAACCAAUGGGCUGCGACCUCGAAUUCCCCGACAAGUGUCCUGGGGACCUCCGCCUUUGGCACUGACCAGUGUUAACCAGCUUCCGUACAAAAUCGAUGAAACCCCGGAAUCGCCAACGUAGACCAAUGAGGAAAUUUGAAAAAAGGAGGCGUGGCUGAACUAGUUUUUUUUGUUUGGCUUGCGUUUUAUAUGUAUGUGUGUGAACGGAUGGGUUAAGUGUCGCACGAUCUCUUUGUGGCUUCGGGAUGUAAUCAAGGUGCAUCGGUAUACCAAUUUCAGGGUGUGGUGUUCAUUUGUGUUUGUGCUUUACGUUCUAGAUAGUAGUGCAAAACUGUAAGAAAAACCAAUAAAGAAUUUUGUUAUAAAAUAAA